AUGGCAUCAAAAAAAAAAGAUAAAAAUAUUAAUAAUAAUAUUAAUAAUAAUAGUAAUAAUAAAAAUAAUAAAACUAAAAUUAAAUACACACUGGAGGAUAUUUUAGUUGAUUUCAAUUCAUUAGAAGACAAGUAUAUGUGUGAAAUUUGUGCCGAAUGUUUAUUUAAAGAUUUAAAUAAAAUAGAAGCAUUCCAAUGUAAAGAGGGUCAUGUUUUUUGUACGAGUUGUUGGACCCAAUCUUUAGCAAGAAAAAAAGAAUGUAUGGCUUGUAGAGCUCCAUGUGAUUUUAAAACUUUAUCAAAAAAUAUAUUACUUCAAAAACUUGGUUGUAGAAUGAUAAUUUCUUUUGAUGAAUUAGAAAGUCAUUUAAAAAAUUGUCUAUAUGAAUUUAUAGAGUGUCCUUUUAAUAAAAGUACUACCCCAAAGGAAUCAAAAUGUUACUGUAUAAUUAGAAAAAAUUUAAUUAAAAAACAUCAAGAAGUAUGCACUAUAACCAUUGGUGUUUGCACAUAUUGUCAAGUUGAUUUCGGAAAAAAAGAGAUUUUAAAACAGCAUCAAGAUACAACUUGCCCAAAAUAUUUGGUUAAAUGUACUCAAGAAUGC